UUUUUUUUUUUUUUCUUUUAUUCUUUAAAAUAUUCUCGUCUCUCACCCAAUUACUCGGCGAUUUUUAUCUGUACUGCCAUUUUCAGGAGCAAAACCGUCAGAGCCGCCGAUUCACUUCCGAAACGCUGCCGAUUUUUAUCUCUACUGCUAUUCUCUGUCACACGUAGUCUGAAUCUGCAGUCAGGAGAUUGUAGAUUUGAAUUCGUUAUCGGAGUUUUUGAACGCGUUUGAGCGUUUCAGAACAAAAGCUGAAAGUUAUAUCUUAUCGAGUUUCGUGAAGAUUAGAAUAACGGCGGAAGAUUCUUUCCAUGUGGUCCGCCAACCGGUACAGAUUAUUAGAAAGAAAUUUUAACAUCAGAGGUGGAUCAUACGAGCUGGGGAACACUUUCGAUGGUGAUAGAUGAGCUCAACCAAUGUUCUUGGCAGUAGAAGGGGGAGGGUUCUUUUCUUCUUCAGCUUCUGGUUAUAGCAGUAGCUUGACCCUUCUUCUUUUGGGUCAGAAGAGCGAAGAUAAUCCCAUGAGAGUUUUGCCAUUCUUGGUGGACCGAGAGCCUGACCUCAACAACCAGCUGGCUUCAAGAAAGACGUGGAUUUCCUGGAGGUGCGCCUCCCCCUCCCUUCGCUGCUUCUGGUGGAACCCUGCAGGGCCAAUUCCAUCUCCUUUGAAGAAAGCAGCCUCUACACAGCGCCAAGACAGUUCAAGAACAUCUCCUCUUUCCGAUAAUGGCAAGGAUCGUGUUCCUAGUUCAGAUGACGAUAAUCUUGCAAGAAAAAUGGUGCUUAAAAGUAGCUUGAAAAAGGCAUCGGAUGCUCCUGCAGUUUCUGUACAGAAUGCUGGUGGAAAUGAAGCAUUGGGAGAAAAGGGUAGUUAUGAUUCUAGUCAUGUAGAAAGAAGGAAAGUACAGUGGACAGAUACUUGUGGAAGCGAACUUGCUGAAGUCAAAGAAUUUGAACCAAGUGAAAUAAAUGCAUCUGACGAUGAAAAUGAUAUUGGGAAAGCAAGGUGUUUGUGCACCAUCAUGUAAUUCAUUCAAAGCCCAUAUUUACCAUAGAUGACGUUUGCACAAGAUUCUCAAAGAUCUGCUGACUUGAAUCGAAUCAAACUUGUUUGCUCGAGAAUUUUCCAAGACAGAGGAAGCUGUCUAGACAAGCAGGAACCAUCCAGGAAGUGUUCAUGGUGAUAUCUUAUCCGUGGUAGUGCUGAUUUCAGUAAGUUUUUCUUUUCUAAUUUUGUUUUCACAUGGAUGGCCCCCACUUUUAAGCACUUUUUGUUGCUUUUUCACUGUAUUGUUCCUUAGUUCUUUGUCUCUAUUACUCUGUUCAUUUCGUGGUUUUUUCUCCCUGUAUGAACAAUUUUUUGGGGUAUUUCAUUACUAUUGAGUAUUUAGAAGGAAGCUUUUGAUUAGAUUAA